AUGACGACAAUUCAGCACCGCGCCGGUGCCGACGCGGACGUGCCGAGUGCGGUGGAUGAUGAGAUUGAUGACAAGAAGGAUAAGGCGCAUGAACGACUUGAUGUGUCUCGAUGGAUCUACGUCGCGUUCUGCGCCGAAACCUGCGCGAGUGUGAUGCUUGCGGCGACCUUCAACACGUUCCACGUCGAGACGUUCUUGACCGACUACAAGCUCGACCUGUCCUCGUACGCCACAGGACACGUCAUCUACGCCGUGAUCAACACGUUGAACGAUAUUGUCGGGGCCGUGCUCUUGGACUCCCUUGCGCUCACCACGGGACGAGCGUGGCUGCUUCAAUGCGGCGGGAUUCUAUGGAGUCUGAGCUUCUUGUUGCCGUGGUACCCCUGGCCAGCGUACCCGGCUGUGCAUUUCGUCGUGAGCUUGUCCUGCUACGACACCAUGUACUCGUUUUGCGCAAUUGCUGGCGGGUCCUUGCUCACGGAGAUGGACAUUUCAGACUCCCAACGCAUCCACGUAUUACGAGUCAAGUCUGUCGUCGGGAUGGCCACUGGUUUUGCUGUGACAUGGUUGGGUCAGAUGUGGCAUAAAUCUCACUUUCGCAUGUUUUGCAUCGGGUUGGCCAUCUUAUCUGGGCUUUGCUUUGGCGUAUUUUAUUACGCCUACCGUCGGGCCUACGUCCGCCGCCGCCACUCCGCCCCCUCCAACCAGUUGCCGCCAACAUUUGUCAAGAACUUUAUGGGGGAAUUCUCGCGCCUGUCCAACUUCCACGCGUGGCUUGGUAUGGAAAUGUGCUUGGAGACCCAAUCCAACUUCAAUCGAACGUACUUGCGGCUGUUUGUGACAACAUUCGUCAAGAACGAAGCCACGGCCGCUACGUUCGUGUCGGUGCUGCCCGUGCUCAAGCAAAUGAUUAAACUCGCCGCGUUCUCGGCACUCGACUACCUUGGCGUGUACGAGGUAUAUCGGCUUUCGUUUCGAGUGAAGUUGGGGGCUGCGGUGGUGUUGCUGGUUGUUGGCGGCAAUGGUGUGACCAGUCCGCCGUGGGUCGUCCUCGCCUUCCUCGCCAUCAAUUCGAUCGUGACAGACAUCCCUACCGGCGGGUUUACCGUCGCUAUGAGCAACAUGCACAAGGAGAUGACUCUCAGACGGUUGCAAGCAGCGCCACUACACUCCGCCACAUCGCCACGUCAUCUCCAAGACCCCCCAAGUAGUCGCAAUCAACCCACGUGGUCGUCCAGUGCCAUGCUGAUGGGUCUAAACGCUGUGUUUUGCAAGCCCAUGGACUCUGUGCUGCCGAUUCUAGCGGCCCACUGGCUCCACGUCUCGACUUCUGGCUUGAAAGAAGAAGACAAUGAGAAUAUGAAGAAGGCCAUGUUCCAACUGCUUGUGGCCCCCCCCGUCGUGCUAUGCAUCGUUCAAAUGUGGAGCUGGAGCAAAUACACACUCACACCCGACGCCAUGGCCGCCAUCGAAGCCCAACUAGCCCAACUUCGCGCCACUCCAGCUACUAGUAUUACUACUACUAGUAUUACUACGACGACGACGACAGGGACGACGAAGAUGGAAGCGGAUGCGAAGGAGGAACAAGGCACGAAGUUGUUGUUGUUCGUGUGAGAUGGCGUUUUGUUUAUAAAAAUUAUGUGUAAUAAUUUUAAUGUUCAGAAAAAUAAUGAGCAAAA